AUAUAAGCUGUCUUACCUAGUUAACAAGUUGCAUGCUUUGCAGUUGGACUUGGACUCAAUUGUCUUCUCUUUGGAAAAGUUCUGAUUUCACAGGUUUGAGUCUAUAAGAGGUUUUAAAGCAAUGGGUCUUUCCCUGUCUUUGCUUUUAUCAGCAUGGAAGGAAAUCCUGAAACACCAGGUUUUUGGUUAUGCCGACACAGAAAAGGUUAUUGUGAGGUCCAUAAGCCUUGGAAGAGAAGAUAUAAAGGUGACCCUAAAAGCAAAGAGUUUCAAUAAGGAUGAUUCAGAGUCUCCAAUUAACAAGUUCGAUAGUUUGAAUAAUGGUGGUGAUUUCAAAGAACCAAAGCUUGAAACAUCCGAUUCAUUCAAACAAAUAGCUUUUGAUCAAGGGAAUGGAAAUUCAGUUGUUUCAAAUGAUAAAGCGAAUAGAAUUGUCAUACGAACAAAACCCACCAUAAAGCUGCCUGAACCAGCGGUACUAUUUUCUCCGAGGCCAGUAACUGAGCUUGAUACUGCUGCAACUAAGCUUCAAAAAGUCUACAAAGGUCAUAGGACAAGGAGGAACCUGGCAGAUUGUGCAGUUGUGGUUGAGGAGCUCUGGUGGAAGACCUUAGAUUCUGCAGCACUAAGAAGGUGUUCUAUUUCGUUCUAUGACAUUGAGAAACAAGAAACCGUUAUGUCAAAGUGGGCACGGGCUAAAACAAGGGCUGCCAAGGUUGGUAAGGGUUUGUCUAAGGAUGAGAAUGCCCAACAACUAGCCCUUCAACAUUGGCUUGAAGCUAUUGAUCCACGCCAUCGUUAUGGGCACAAUUUACACUUCUACUAUGAUGUCUGGUCUGCAAGCAAGAGCACACAACCUUUCUUCUACUGGUUGGAUAUUGGCGAUGGCAAAGAACUAAAUCUUAAAAAGUGUCAAAGAAUAGAUCUACAACAGCAAUGCAUUAAAUAUCUUGGACCGAAAAAAAGGGAAGCAUUUGAAGUGAUUGUGGAAAGUGGAAAGCUUGUUUACAAGCAAUCAGGAAUGCUUGUUAACACCCUUGAGGGUUCUAAGUGGAUUUUUGUACUUAGCACAUCAAGAUCCUUGUAUGUUGGGCAAAAGAAGAAAGGUGUUUUUCAGCACUCAAGCUUCCUUUCCGGAGGAGCUACAACAGCUGCUGGAAGAUUGGUGGCUUCUCAAGGAGUUCUUGAGGCUAUUUGGCCUUACAGUGGUCAUUACCUCCCAACUGAAGACAAUUUCAAGGAAUUCAUUAUUUUCCUUGAGGAACACAAUGUGGAUUUGACCAACGUUAAGAGAUGUGCAAUAGAUGAUGACUACACGUCAUACAAAAGUGCUAAUGAUGAAUCCAAGCAUGGGGAGGUCAAAGAUCCAACGGCAACAACAAAUUCAACAGAUUCAAUGGCUGUGGAUGUUGAUGGGCCCACAAAUGGUGCGUGCAUGAUAAUUGAAAGUCUACAAAGUAGCAUGGGUACCAGUGCAGCCAAUGUGGAAGCACCAGCAUUCAACAAGGCCAAGCGUUUGUCUUGCAAGUGGACAAGUGGGGUUGGUCCUCGCAUUGGGUGUAUCAGAGACUACCCAACAGAACUGCAAUCCCAGGCUUUGGAACAAGUUAACCUAUCUCCCAGAGUCACGCCUGGUCGCUUUGGAAACUCUGGUCCCAUACCUUCACCAAGACCAAGCCCCAAAAUCCGAGUCUCACCCAGGCUUGCAUACAUGGGACUCCCUAGCCCGAGAGUGUCAGUGGUUGCUAAUAAAACUUUUUGAGCAUUCACCAAAUGAUAAAUGACCAAGGUUGAGCACUUCUUGUGCCCACAAUUUUGCAGCAACGGUAGUAAUAAAAAUGUAAAAUAGGUGAAGUGAUCUGACCAAACAUUCUUUGUUCUUUGAUUUGUUUUUUAGGCUUUAGGAUAACCCCUUCUGUCAUGUGGAGUUUGAUUUGCUUUGUCAAUUCUUUAUUUAAGCUGUAAUAAGUAGUAGUAGUUUUUUUUGAAAUAAUGAACAGUUUAUGAAAGAUGCAAGGGAUUGCCUUCCAAUCCCAACUGUUUUUUAUUUGGCUGGUGGUUGGAAGGGGGUGCGGGGGGUGAAGACCACGGACGACAGACAAGGUGAACAUUCAUGGAAUUAUAAGCUUUGACUAUUGACUAUUGCCCUUGUCUAUUAAGAUGAAACAACAAUAUUACCACUAGGAUUUCUUCAAAACCUCCCCCAUAUUCGGCAAGUUACUCGAUCAUCUUCAAAUCCAAGUUCUGAAUUUCGAUUUGAUGAGAGCUCUGCUUCAUCUUCAAUAUGCACCUCUACCACACCAGUUUCUGGAAACGCUAUCUUGGCUUCAGAUAGAACAGAGGAGAGUGGCAAUAGUAGGCCAAACUAUGUGAACUUGACGGAGACUACCAAGGCAAAACAAAGAGCUGGCAAUCAUGCCUUUUACCGAAUCCAAAGGUGGUCCAUGGAUGAGUUCCAGUUCAAAAAGUAGUGUUGGUUCUGAUCACUUAGUCCAUAUGUCUCGACCACUAUAACCACCUACACGAUUGGAUAAAAGCACAAUGAAAUCCAGGAAGAGGGGAAAUUGCUUGUAUGAUUAGAUGGAUUAAUUGGAUAAAUGUUCAACACCUUGUUGUUCUUUUUUAUUGAAGUGUACUAAGUUAAGAGCAAGCUGUUGCAAAAUCCUCAUUGAGUAUUUUGUAUCUGAUUCAAGGGCAAUCCAUUUUGUACAAGUGUUCAUUUAGCUCUUCCUCGAAUCACUUCUACUUUAUCAUUUUUUGCAUUUAUAUGAAUGAGGAAAUAAAACUCAGCCAGAUACAAUA